AUGAUCAACAUUUCCGAACAAACAUCUGAUUGUGGCACGCAUAUAAAAAACAACAGUUAUAGACAAGAGUGGACUUUAAAUAAACUUAACUGCGUUCUCAUAAAAACACAAGAGUGGAUUUAUAAAAAUCCCCCAGUACUAGAAAACAAAUAUGACGGCUCAUUUAUUAAUAUACAGAAGUUUUUUAAUGUCGCAAGCAAUAAUUUAUCAAAUGAUUUUAAUAAUGAAGUCGAGUCUAAACGCGAAAAUGAUGCUAAUAAUAAAGUAAAACUAGACAUGUCUGAUCUUUCUCAAGUUGAUCGUGGGAGUAGUUCGAAGACCUCCAUAACAGCUGAUUCAUCGUCAAGCAAUACAAGUGGAUCAAACAGUGGCAAUCCUUUGGCAUCUCAGAUACCACCGAUGCAUCACUUAUCUCAUAGCCAGCCGGAUAGAAGCUUAAUUUUUAUUGGAGAAUCGUCUAUACGUGCAGGAACUUCAGACAAUGGAAUAUGUAAUAAUAUAGGAAAUAAUAAAAGAAAGAAGAAAAAAGAAGAAACCGAUUUUAGUAAGAAGACGUCCAAGAAAAUAAAGACUUUCAAUUCUAAUGAAGUUGCACUGACAACAUUUAAAUCACCUAAUCAUUUAAAUUCUCCAAUGCCUGAGUCCCUUGGACGUGUAAAUAUAUCAACCCUUGAAUCAACCAAACUUUUAAACACACCCAAUCGUUUAAAUUCGACAGCAUUUUUACCUAGAAAUUUACUUAUAUCGUCGCAAAAACAACCUAAACAAUUGAGUGAGAAAGCUGCAGGAAAAUUAAUAGUUGAUCCCGUGGAGAGUUUAAAUAUUUCAGUGAGAGAGCAGAAAGAAAAUAAUGAAACAUCAGAAGAUUGGAAGCAAAAAUCGGGUGAUUCGUGUAAUAAAUAUACACAACAGGAAAAUAAAAAUAAACUCAGCGCAAAGGAUCAAGUAAAACGCUACAAAAAAAAAUGUGGAAAAAGAAAGUCUCAAAUCAUUGUGAAACUACCGACAGAAAAUUUAAGAACUGAUCUUGAAAUCAUUCCUACCAUUGGGGUUUCACUUUUUGCAAAAUUGGCUACGGGAUAUGUUAAAUAUCGGCCUCAAUGGGAGAUGUUCGAAUAUUUAGGAGACAGUGUACUCGAGCACUGUCUCCUAAAAAUUGCAAAAGGAAAGUAUCUCGUUAAUUAUUCGGUAGAGGCAAUCGAGUUAGGUGUAAAGGUAAUGGCUACCAAUAAAGUUUUGGCGGCCUAUACCAUUACAACGGGUCUUCAUAAGCUUAAUUGUAUGGAAUUUUUAGAAAUUAAAAAGCUUCAUGCAGACGCGUUUGAAGCCUAUAUCGGUACAUACUAUAUUGCUUGUGGGGAGCAAGCAACAUGUAAUUAUUUAGAAAAAUUGAUGUCCCCAUUAUUUGAUGCUAUUAUGCAGGAAGCAGAAUCAAAUAAGGAUGUAUACCAUUUCUAUG